GGCCCCUUGCUGCUGUGCUUCGAGCAGGAGCUGCAGGAGCCGCCGCCGCCCCUGGCACUGGCCGUGCAAGACGUCUCCAGCGAGCUCAGGUCGGCCCAGGAGAAGGUGGUGACCUGUCACGCGGUGGCCGACAGCGUGCAGUUCUUGGUGAGCGCAGGGCCCGCCCCCGCCCAGAGCGCAGGAUGCCGGCUCUACGACAUGCGGCUCUCCCCGGCUCAUCUGCAGCUGGAGUUCCACCUGGAAGAAAAGAGAGAGGACAUCCGGGUCACGUGGUCCCUCAUCAAUGUGCCCGAGACGUCCGUGGACGUGCAGCCCAGAGCCGCGGGGGAGGGCCCAGUGCUCGAGACAAACACGGUCCUGGAGCCGCUCAGGGACAUCCUGAAGCAUCUGGUCAGCUCUGCCUCUCCGUCCCUGGCUCUGAGCGCCAAGCCUACGGACGCCAAGGAAGCCCAGACCCUCCAGCGCGCUCCGGCCGCUGCCCAGGACCCCUGCCCCCCCAAGCCGCCGAGGGCGCAUGAGCUGAAGCUGCUGGUGAGGAACGUCCGAGCCUCGCUGCUGAACGACGCUGGCGCUUCAGGCACCGCUCAGCCCGUGUGCACCGCGCAGCUGAACGACCCCCUGCAGAGGUUCUCCAGCGGCCUCGCGAGAUGCACCACUGACCUCACGUGGGAAGAAGAGUUCACCUUUGAACUGAAUGCCAAGUCCAAGGAGCUGCACCUGCAGAUCUCAGAAGACGGGCAGUCCUCAGGGUUGCUGGCGGUGGCCACGGUCCCUUUAGAUUUGUUUAAGAAGCAGCCUUCCGGACCCCAGAGCUUCGCGCUGGCCGGCGGAUCCUCCCCCCGCGGCUCCGUGUUGGGCUCCAUCACCGCCGAGUUUUUUUACAUAGAACCCGGGGACCCGAAGGCGUGGCAAGCCCCUCCCCCCGCGCCGGCUGCCAAGAUAGAGAAGGACCGCACGGUGAUGCCGUGUGGCACUGUGGUCACCACCGUCACUGCUGUGAAGACCAAGCCUCGGUUUGACACUGGGAGGGCGUCCCCGCUGAGCCCGGAGUCUCCUGUGAAGACGCCCGUCAGGGUGAAGGUCAUCGAGAAGGACAUCUCUAUCCAAGCGGUGCCCUGCCACGGCGCGCCCGUCAGCAAAGCCUUCUCCUCCUCAGACACAGAGCUGCUGGUGCUGAACGGCCUGGACCCCGUGGCGGAAGUGGCCAUCCGGCAGCUCAGCGAGGCCUCCAAGCUCAAGCUCAAGUCGCCCCGCAAGAAAAGCACCAUCAUCAUAUCCGGGGUCUCCAAGACCUCACUGUCUCAGGACCACGAUGCUGCCCUGAUGCUGGACUACGCAGCCGCCAUGGACGACGGUGCCCGCCGGGAGGACGCACCGGCUGCCCCGUCCGCCCCACCCGCCCCGUCUGCCCCGUCUGCCUCGGAGGCGGCCCCGGCGCCCACUGCCGCGGAGCCCCAGGAGAGUGAACUGGGGUCGUGGGACUUGGAGAAGGAGUGCCCGCAGGGGGCAGCGUGGAGCGGCCCCGGCCUGCGCGAGCCCGACGCCGACGAGCUGUCCGAGAGCUCCCUGAGCGUCUCCGAGCCCGUCGUGGCCAAGAAGCAUAAAG